UUGAGAGUUGUUUUCAAUGUUGCAACUUGAACAAGUCAGUUUCUAGUUUAAGUUACCAUCGGAAAGCUUGGUAGGAGUCAGAUAUAUAAGCUCCAGUAACAGUAACAGCAGCAGAAGAAGAAACAACAGCUUCAGACCCAGCGAACCCUGCUGCCUAGCCAGAAGCAAGAUGCACCCUUGGCAGCUGGUCAUCUCCUGGAUUUCCCUGGGCUUGCUGGCAUCUCCCCUCAUGGCUAUUUGGGAACUGGAGAAAAAUGUUUAUGUUGUAGAGUUGGAUUGGCACCCGGACGCCCCCGGAGAAAUGGUGGUCCUCACUUGCCAUACCCCUGAAGAAGAUGACAUCACCUGGACCUCGGACCAGAGCAGUGAAGUCUUAGGCUCCGGUAAAACCCUGACCAUCCAAGUCAAAGAAUUUGGAGAUGCUGGCAGGUAUACCUGUCAUAAAGGAGGCAAGGUUCUGAGCCAUUCGCUCUUGCUGAUUCACAAAAAGGAAGAUGGAAUUUGGUCCACUGAUAUCUUAAAGGAACAGAAAGAAUCCAAAAAUAAGAUCUUUCUAAAAUGUGAGGCAAAGAAUUAUUCUGGACAUUUCACCUGCUGGUGGCUGACAGCAAUCAGUACUGACUUGAAAUUCAGUGUCAAAAGCAGCAGAGGCCUCUCUGACCCCCAAGGGGUGACGUGUGGAGCAGUGACACUCUCAGCAGAGAGGAUCAGAGUGGACAACAGGGAUUAUAAGAAGUACACGGUGGAGUGUCAGGAGGGCAGUGCCUGCCCUACUGCCGAGGAGAGCCUGCCCAUCGAGGUCGUGGUGGGUGCUAUUCACAAGCUCAAGUAUGAAAACUACACCAGCAGCUUCUUCAUCAGGGACAUCAUCAAACCGGACCCGCCCAGGAACCUGCAGCUGAAGCCCUUACAAAAUUCUCGGCAUGUGGAGGUCAGCUGGGAUUACCCCGACACCUGGAGUACCCCGCAUUCCUACUUCUCCCUGACAUUCUGCGUACAGGGCCAGGGCAAGAACAAUAGGGACAAGAAAGAGAGACUUUGCGUGGACAAGACCUCAGCCAAGGUCACGUGCCAUAAGGAUGCCAAGAUCCGCGUGCAAGCUCGAGACCGCUACUAUAGCUCAUCCUGGAGCAACUGGGCAUCUGUGUCCUGCAGUUAGGUUCCAACCCAGGAUGAAACCUUAAAGGGAAAGUGGAAGUUAUUAUGCAACAUUUUCUAAAAACUCAAUAGAAUAGGCCCCCAAAAGUUAUUUUCUACCUAAUUUGCUUUUUGUAAAGGAUCGUGGUCAUGUCUUUGCAGUAUUUUUACAUUUACAUGCCAAAUGGCCGCUGAAAUAAUCAGCUCCUUUAUUUAUAGGUUUUCCAGUGACCAGGUUGCCACUGACCUUAAUGCUAUUUAAAUAUUUAAGUAAUUUAUGUAUUUAUUAAUUUAUUAUUUUUAUUGAACACUUGUGUGCCAAGAUGUAUGUU